ACCAGAAUAGCAGCCCAGAAGAUGGCUAGUACCGGGGAGAUUUGGCUGCAGUGGUUCUCGUGCUGUUUUCAGCAGCAGCGAUCGCCCUCCCGCCGCCCGCACCAACGCCUGCGCAUCGACCGAUCCAUGAUUGGGAAUCCAACAAACUUUGUCCACACCGGGCACAUUGGCUCCGCGGACGUGGAGCUCUCGGCCAACCGCCUCAACGCGAUCUCAACCCAAAUGCAAGGCAAGGGCGGCUACGAGGCGACAUCGAAACACUCGCUUCAUGCUUGCUGAUCGUCGCGUCGCUAUAAAAUGCAUUUUGUGCAAUUCUUACAAGAAGCAAAGAAGAGAGAGAGAGAGGGUGGCACUUUUUACAGUUCUUUGUUGGAGCGUGUUAUCAGGGGACGGAGCACGGAGCAGGGAGACAGCGAUAGCACGAGGGCCGGACGGAGGAAAGGUGCUGACAAAAACCGAAAGCAAGAGCUAGAAGAGAAGACUAAAACCUUAACUGUAACGGACAAUGGAGUCCACCGUAGUGAUGGUUUCCAGCUGUGGUGGGGGGUGGAUCUUGUCAGCUGUCAGCUGUGCUUGUUUAGGGGUUCCUCUGUUCGGGCUGUUCGCCUUUUGCGAGUAUUAUGCAAAUGAAAAAUCGCAGAAAGUGCCAACCGACUAAACCAGCAAAUAAUUGUUUAAUCAAUUAAGCAUUUCACGAUAUAUGUAUGCACAUAUGUAUGUACAUGCAACCGCAUCAUCACGUAGCAUUUUUCAAUGUACUUAAUGCCAAAAAUCAGGAUCACGCCAUCCAGCGUGGAAGGGACAUUUAAAUCCAGUCUCAAUUCCAAUUCCUGUCGCGUUCCAUACAGAAAUAUAAAAGAAAAUCUCUUGGCCUACCAUAGACAAAGUACGUUCGCAUUGAAUAUAACUAGAAUACGGGCCCUAUAAUCAGUUGCACAACCAACAACAAUAGUCUGAUCUACUUGUAUGAUAUUUAUAUACAAAUGGUGCAACAAGCAAACGUUUUUUUGCAACGCUGACUUAGCCUUUAGAUAAUGUUAUUAACUAUAUACGGACAUUAUGGACAACUGUCGCACAAUCAUAUUUCACACACAAGAGAACAUAGAAUAUUUAUGAUAUAUUCCCAAUUCGAAUAAUUGUUUACAGAGCAGAAUAUGUAUAAUAUUUGUUGUACUUCUAGAACGAGAUCUAGAUCCGAUCCCAUGCAAAUCCUAGAAAAGUGUAGAUCAAGUACCUUUGUAGAGUCCACAAUGAGAGAAUGUACCAGAAAACAUAAGAUAGAGUAUAUAUUUGUAGACUAAAUGCAGUUGUAGAUAUUUGACAUAAAAACAAAUCAAAUAAAAUGAAGUUGGAACAUGCGUUGGGUUUUAACCGUA